UCUGAUGUAAGAGGUCUUGUGACUACGUAUACCAAUGUGACCAUAUGGCCUAGCGCUCACUCCACCGACAGAGCAACAAUCCUCUUAACAAUAGACAAAUGUCUACCAAGACUUCUAAGAAAAUACAGACAAUGACUGAGCUGGUGGAUCAGACUGAGAAUUGUCUGCUUGAAUGCAAGGUGUGCUUUGAAAAAUACAACCAGCAGAAAAAACACCGGCCAAGGAACUUACCAUGUGGGCAUGUGAUGUGCUUGGAGUGUGUUAUGUCUUUGACUCACCCCCGGACCUUUAAGUUGGAGUGCCCGUUUUGUCGCAGAGCCUGCAAAUCAUCCGAGACCAGCGACUGUUUGCCAUUGCUGCACCUGAUGGAAAUCUUGAGCCUUCCUCUUAAUAAUGCUCCAGUUCCAGGAAGCAGCAUAGGGAGGACAACUGAGGACGUGUCAACCCCAGCCUCUCAGGCCUUGACCUUCUCUCUUUCCUUUGGAGGAUGGGGGACGCUGAUCAAUCCAACAGGAAUUGCCGUGUGCCAGAGGUCUGGCUGUGCAGCAGUGGUUCAUGACGGCAAAAAGAGGAUCAAGCUGUUCACUUUCACUGGGAACUGCAUGCAACAAUUUGGAGAAAGAGGACAAGCAGGAAAUGACAUCAGGUACCCAAAUGAUAUCACAGCCACACUGGAUGGUCAUAUCGUCAUCACAGACAGCGGGGAUGGUUCGGUCAAAGUGUUUGAUUUUAACGGCAGGGGCAAGCUGGUCAUCUCAGAGUCUUUUUGCUUACCCUGGGGUUUGGACACGACACCUCAGAACGAUAUUAUCAUGACUGAUUCAAAGGCAGGUACUCUGUAUUGCUUAAGCGCUGACUUUAAAAAAGGGGAAUUAAAGGGAGUGAGGAAACUGCAUUCGAACUUGUGCAAUCCAAGAAAAGUGGCUGUUUCUCAGGCCUCUGGUGCCAUUGCGGUCAUAGAACAUUUGAUGGUGAAAGGACCAAGCUAUGGCAGCACAAGAGUGAAAGUUUUCAGCGCAGAUAUGCAAGUCCUUGGUCAGGUGGACAGUUUUGGUCUGAAUCUAGUUUUUCCUAUCAAAAUUUAUGCCAGUGGUGUGACCUUCAACAAGGAGGGUCAUAUAGUAGUAAGUGAUGCUUAUAACCAAGCAGUAUUCUCCCUAGGAAAACCUGAAGAAUUCCCUGUGUGUAAACCUGUAGUUACCCAGGGUCUUUCUUACCCCUUGGCAUUAACAUUCACACCAGAUAACUCUCUGAUUGUAUUGGAUGGUGGUGAUCAUUCUUUAAAAGUAUAUACUGCUAGCUGAAAUAUUUGUAAGGUAUCACAAGGUGUGGGAGAAAAAGAUCCAGACCCCAUCCUUAUACAAAGAGUACAUGAAAACCUUUAGGCCCUAUGGGAAUAACUGAAACAAGCCUUCUCCAGGCUAGUGAGGUUGAAAUGUGGUGCAAUUCGGUGGGAAACAAUUUAUUGUUUUGGGCUACAACCUCCACAAUCCCUCAUCUUAGUCUGGAUUUCUAGGAACUAAAAUUAAAGAUCCGGAAAGCCAAAAUGUCUGAAAGUCUUCAGUCUAGCUCAGUGGUUCUCAACCUAUGGGUCCCCAGGUAUUUUGGCCUACAACUCCCAGAAAUCCUAGACAGUUUAUCAGCUGUUAGGAUUUCUAGGAGUUGAAGGCCAAAACAUCUGGGGACCCACAGGUUGAGAACCACUGGGUUGUAAGUCAAUGGCACAGUAUGCAAUGAUGAUGGUGGAUAAUAAUUAUGUUUUUAUUGUUAUAUGACUUGAAGUCAUUUCUGAAGCCCCUUUCACACAGCUGAAUAAAAUCCCACAUUACCUGCUUUGAACUGGAAUAUAUGGCAGUGUGGACUCAGAUAUCCCAGUUCAAAGCACAUAUUGUGGGAUUUUCUGGAUUUUGUACCAGCUGUUAGGAUUUCUAGGAGUUGAAGGCCAAAACAUCUGGGGACUCACAGGUUGAGAACCACUGGAGCUGAUAUUAAAUAUAUUUCAAGUGCAAUUCUGCUGCAGACUCUACACUGCCAUAUAAUCCAGAUCAUCUGAUUUGAAAUAGAUUAUGUAAGUCUACACUGCCAUAUAAUCUAGUUCAAAUCAGAAAACUUGGAUUUUAUAUGGCAGUGUAGAUGGGCCUCUAUCCAUGAACAUAGGAGCAAGUACCACACAACUUAAUGAGAAUUACUUCUGAGUUUCAUGAGUAGGAUUGUGCUAUAAAUAGGCAAUUCCCAUAAAAAUUAUGAUACUGCAGUGGCUAUUUAUGAAUUCCAGUACUUUCUGUGUCAGUCUGUGGGCUGGACGUUUCUCUUACUUUUUAAAAUGUCAUAUAUGAAAGUACUCUUUCAGCCAGAUUGUUAUGACCCCUCUGAACCUUUUUAGGAAAAUAAACAGUUUUGGCAUUCUUAAAAGGUCAUGAUUUCUGUUACUGCACCACCAAUUGGAGACUAACACAAAGAAUGCCAUAGGAGGGCAAAAGCAUCAGUCAAGCUCAGAGCAUGGAAGUCAUGAGUCACAACUAUGUAUUUGUAAUGAGUGCUUUUUAUCAGAAUGUUGCCUUUGAAAAGCAAUGUAAUGUGUGAGCAUGCUGUCAACCUAUUUGUGUAAUGAAUAUUGUUUUCUGGUCAAAUUUUAGCCAUUUAGGAUACUUUGAAACAUUUCAAGUUGUCUAGAAGAUUGAAAGGAUUUUGUUGAAGUUUUCUUUGAUUCUCUUAUGAAUUCAGUCCCCUCUCUCCCAAAACAAAAGACAACAGAAAUUAUGAGUAAUACAAUGAGGUAUUUUUGAAAAAAGAUGGCAAUGAAUAACAACAAUAAACCCUCCUGAUGAACAAGAA